CCAUUGGCCCCUGCGAUGGCCACGGGGCGGGGCGUGCGACGACGUGCUGACGUUGCGCGCGCGCGCUCCCUCGCCACGUCCAUUCCUCCUCUCCUGCCGUCCCUCGCGCGUAGGAUUCAGCGCCAGAGGAAGAAGCCGCCUUCAGCUAGAAUCCGGCCGCCGUCCUGGGCCUCCCGCGCCCAGCCCGAGGUCCGAAUGGCCGCCAAUGUGGGUGACCAGCGCGGUGCCGAGUGGGCAGCUCAGUACAGUCUGGGGAGUGGGCCAGCCCGGGAGAGCAGCAUGGAUGCGCCCAUGCACGAGAAUCCCGAGUGGGAGAAGGCCCGGCAGGCCCUGGCCAGCAUUAGCAAAGCCAGUGCCACUGGCAGUUCCGCCAAGAACAGCAGCAACGGCCAGGUGGCUACUGCUCAGUGUAUUUCCGAGCACCUGGGAGGAGGGUGUGUGUCUGUGUCCCUCACUCUGUGCCCUGCCCCCCCACCUGUGUCCCUUCAGUAUGUGGCUCAGGCCGAUGCAGCCGCGCUCCAGCAGCAGCAGUAUUACCAGUGGUACCAGCAAUACAACUACGCCUAUCCCUACAAUUACUAUUAUCCUAUGAACAUGUACCAAAGCUAUGGCUCCCCGGGCCAGUACAGCCUGACCACCACCUAUGCGACAGCGGCACCACAGCAGGCAGCGACCCCUGGGCAGCACCAGGGAGCCCUCACCCAGCCUCCAGUUCCUGGCAUGGAAGAAACGAUGUCCUACCCGACCCCUCCUCAGCAGUUACCAGCAGCCCAGCCCCCUCAGCCACCUCCACCCCCACAACACUCAGGCCACAGUCUGGGAAGUGGGGCUCAGCCGGGGUCCUCCUCAGCUCAGCAUGGGCAAGCUAGCCCAGUGACGAGUCAGGCGUAUGGGCAGCACAGCUACUCAGAACCUCCCAAGCCCAAGAAAGGGCAGCAGCUGUGGAACCGCAUGAAACAAGCCCCAGGGGCAGGCAGCGUCAAGUUCAACAUCCAGAAACGGCCCUUUGUGGUCACCAGCCAGAACUUUAGCUCUAGCUCUGAGGGACAGCACAGCAGCUUUGGGACCCAGGCCAGUACGGAGAAGCCACAGAGCCACAGCAUGCCUCCAAACAGGAACUUCUCAGGGAAGCCAGAGGACUGGCCCCAAGACAUGAAGGAGUAUGUCCAGCGCUGCUUCACCGCCUGUGAGUCUGAGGAGGAUAAGGACCGCACGGAGAAGCUUCUCAAAGAGGUCCUGCAGGCCCGGCUCCAGGACGGCUCGGCGUACACCAUCGACUGGAGCCGAGAGCCGCUGCCGGGGCUGAGCCGGGACACUGUGACGGAGAGCCCCAAGAAGAAGCGGUGGGAAGCCUCGUCCAUCCUUCACCCCGCCCGGGGUGCCGGAGGCACACCUCGGGGAGGCGGGACUCAGCCUCAGCGGGGGGCAGGGGGCACAGGGAGCGCUGGCCGGGGCCGAGGCAGCAGCUUUGCCACCAAAUUUGGGAAUCGGAACGUGUUCAUGAAGGAUAACAGCUCUUCCUCGAGCACAGGCUCUCGGUCCCGCUCCUCCUCCCGCUCACCUUCCCGGCAUUUCCGCCGCAGCGACUCACACUCAGACUCUGACAGCUCCUAUUCGGGCAGCGAGUGCCACCCAGGGGGCCGGAGGAACCCGGCGCCCAAAGGCCGGGGCGGCCGGGGCGCCCACAUGGACCGGGGCCGAGGGCGUGUGCAGCGUGGCAAGAGGCACGACCUCGCCCCCGCCAAGCGCAGCCGCAAAAAGCCGGUGGCUGCCAUGGAAUGCGAGGACCCCGAGCGGGAGCUGAAGAAACAGAAGCGGGCGGCUCGGUUCCAGCACGGCCAUUCUCGGCGCCUGCGCCUGGAGCCCCUGGUGCUCCAGAUGGGCAGCCUGGAUGGCGGGAGCGCCGACCCCGACUGGAACGAACUCAAGAUCGUGGGCACCUGCCCAGACAUCACCAAACACUACCUCCGGCUCACCUGUGCGCCAGACCCCUCCACCGUGAGGCCUGUGGCUGUACUGAAGAAGUCUCUGUCUAUGGUGAAGUCUCACUGGAAGGAGAAACAGGACUAUGCAUUCGCCUGUGAACAGAUGAAGUCUAUUCGCCAGGACCUCACUGUGCAAGGCGUCCGGACAGAGUUCACCGUAGAGGUGUACGAGACGCACGCUCGAAUCGCCCUGGAGAAGGGUGACCACGAAGAGUUUAACCAGUGCCAGACGCAGCUGAAGUCGCUGUAUGCGGAGAACCUGCCGGGCAACGUAGGGGAGUUCACGGCCUACCGGAUCCUCUACUAUAUCUUUACCAAGAACUCAGGGGACAUCACCACAGAACUCGCUUACUUGACCCGAGAGCUGAAGGCAGACCCCUGUGUGGCCCACGCCCUGGCGCUCCGGGCAGCCUGGGCCCUGGGCAACUAUCACCGUUUCUUCCAGCUCUACCGGAAUGCUCCCUGCAUGUCUGGCUACCUUGUGGACAAGUUUGCUGAUAGGGAACGGAAGGCUGCUCUCAAGGCCAUGAUCAAAACGUAUGUGAGGGCCGCCCAGUCCCCCCACACCCUCAUUCCUGUGAUCGCCCCCUCCCGUGUGCUGCUCUUCAUCUCGCCUCCCCCCAUCCCUGGCUGGCCGUCCUGUCCUGUUCCCCGGCUCAUCCUUCUCCUCCUCUUCCUCCUCCUCCUCAUGAGGUCCUUUUGCAUCUCCCCCCUCUGUCCUCCUGUCUCUUCUCUUCCCAUCUUCUCCUCUUGUUCCUUCCAAAGCCUCCGUUCGUGUCUGUCCCACGUGGUUCUGGAGUUAGUGUCAAAGCAUCGUCAUUAAGCGGUUCCUGGGCAGAGUCAGCCAAGGCCCAGGACCUGAUUGGGGGGAAGGGCUAUGUGCCCCCCGCCUGCCCCCGCCUGAGGGGCCCUCGUGAGAGACUCCAAAGGAUCUCAUGAGCUGCCUGGUCUGACCCAGACCCCCAAAGCAGUCCCCUUGAACCCCCUCCAUGCGUCCUUCCCUGAGAAGUGGUCGUCUAGCUCUGGCCUUCCGAGAGGGCUCAGGGUGCUGGUGCCGCGGAGCUGACGUCUGGCCUCACGAGGCCUCUUAGCAGCUUCUGCCCGUUGCUCCCCGCCCCCCCCAGUGCCUAGCAGAACCAGCCCACUCCCCUUCCUGGGGUGACCCUUCGGAUACUUGCAGGGGGCUCCCCAGGACUUGUGUGUUUCAGGGCAAACAUCUAUGGCUUGGCUAAUGGUCCUCCGGGGUCGCCCACCUUAGGCUGUCCUUCCAGUGUGGCUCCCCGAAACGCACCCAGGACUGACUCCAGGUGGGGGCCGACCAGGGCAGAGGAGAGCAGGUGUAUCCCCCGCCGCCUCCUUGCUGGAUGUUGUGCCCCAGAUGGCAUGCGUGGUGUUGGCUGUCAGACCCCUCUUGGCUCCUGGGGAGCUCCAAGGCCAGGAAGACCCCAGAUCUUUCUCAGAUGGACUGCUGUCUGUCUGGACACACCUGCUUCCUUCACUGUGGACCCAAGGGCAGGACUGCCCCUCAUCCCCCUUGAUCAGUCUUGAACCUAGACUGGGGGGGUUGUGACAGCUGCACGGCUCGGCCAUUAUUCAUCCACCUCCUGGGUUGGAUUGUUGAGCAGCCGCGUCACGGGAACUCGAGCGGAGCAGGGGCUGGGGGUGAGGAGCUCACGGACAGGUCAGGGUUCCUUCAAAUUUCCCCUUGGACCGCUGGCUAUCUGUGUGACCUUGGGCAAGUGACUGACCCUCCCUGGGCCUCAGUUUCCUCAUCUGUAAAAAACGGAAAGGUUGGAUUAGACAGCCCCGAGGCUCCUAUCUAAAGCUGUGCAUGCUGAGCCUUCCAGAGAGCCAGCCAGCUGCUCGUGCCUCAGCAGGCAGGCAGCACCUUCGCGGCAGUGACUCAGCCAGCCCGAGAGAGCCCUCUAGGAAGGAGAGGGCGGCGGGGUCGGAGGUUCGCGUUCCUGGGCUCGCUGCCCGCCGCCCGCUUUUGCCCGCUCUACUGGCAGAAAGCCUAAGCCACUGCCAUCCUUUGUCGUCUCCAGAGCCAAUGGGGCCUUCAUCGGCUCCGUCCUCCCCCUCUUCCUCCUUUCGGCCCACUGUGGCUAAUGCCCUUAAUGUGGUUCUUUAGAAAGGGGUCUGGCGAGGUUUCAUAUUUUAGUUUAAAAAUGCAAGUGAGGAAGGAGGACUGGCUACGGGCCAGACCCUGUGCAGGGCACCCAGCCACCAACUUCUACCCACCCUCGGUCCCCGGGGAAGCUGCUGUUCAUCCUCCCCUUCUGCAGAUGGAGAAACUAAGGCAGACCUGAAGGGACUUGCUCAGGGUCACACAGUAAGUCACUGCGAUUGGAUUGGAGCUCGGCCUGGUGCCCUGGGAUGCCCCCUGGUUGCCCAUGUGAAGCAGCCAGAAACUGGGGUUGAGACCCUCUAGAGAGGCAGCCUUAGACUGUUGAGCAGGGGGGGCCUUGGCUCAUCUGGGCGCAACGCCCUCUUGUCUUUGCCUUUCCGUGUCAGAGCCUCUCCGGAGAGGCCUGUAGGGGUGCCCCUAACGAGAGGGGCCUCCGCUCCAGGGCUCCCCAGGCCUCUAACGGAGCCCGGCAGGAGCCCCAGGCCAGGUAGCCAUUAGGCCGCCACCUCGCCCCUCUGGUGCACCGGAAGGCCUUUCGCUGGCCUGGGCAGGGUGGGGCACUUCACUGCCUCCAGAGUCAGAACCCCGCCUAUUGGGGGGAGGGCAGGGCAGGCGCAGCCAAAGCCCCACAAGUAGCUGUGCGCAAGUGCACAUUUGAACCCAGAUCUUGUGGCCGAGGCGAGGCCAUAGCCGGGGAGCAGUCCGGGGCUUAUCUGGGUCUUCCUCGGCCCCUGGACCUGUGGUCGCUGUUUGUGGCUUUCUUGUGAGUUGACCGCGUGUGGUCUGUAAUGUGUGCGAGGCUGUCUUCCUGGGGCUGGUGUGCAUGCGCGAGUGUGGCCAGCCCCCUCCCCCCCCUCCCCCGCAGCUGCCUGGCCCCGCCCCCAACCCCGCUUCUUCGGCAGCUUGUCUCUCUGCCCCUUCCCCAUGUCUGCCUUCUCCCAGCUCCACGGCCAGAGCUGUGCCCUCUGAGGGCCGGGAGCCUCGGACUCCUGGUUCCUUAGCUCUGUUCUGUCUUUGCCCCCCAAUUCCCCCACCUCCCUGCACAGGUAAGUGGGAGACGAGGGCGCGGGGGGGUGGGGGUGGGGUGGCCGAGCCGUGGGCUUGGGCGGGGGGCCGGGUCCCUCAGCUGGGACCGGAGGGGGGCGGGGCGGGGGCGGGGCGGCCGCCGAUCUCCCGCGGGUCCCAGGGCCCGUCUCUUCCCUCCCCCCUUCAUCCGUGUCUCCUCUUGUCUCCAUAGCUUCCGCCCGGCGCUGCCCGUCUCCUUCGUGCAGGGGGAGCUGGCCUUCGAGGGCGAGGCCGCCUGCCGAGCCUUUCUGGCCCCCUUGGGCCUGGGCUACAUGGGGCCCGACAACACCAGCAUCGACUGCCGGCUCAGCGUGG